GAGAUGUGGUGCGGGUCAGUGGACUGCAGCACGAGAGUCUGCCAACAAGUCUGCAAGCAAACUUGACGAGGAAGGUGUUGAAGUUGCUGUCUGCCGUCAUGGGGUUUUGCUGAAGGCACUGAAUAUGUUCCGUGGAGAAAUAUUUGCAUACCCAUUAUAUCUCCAGAAACAGCUAGCUUCACAGACCGUCCAGUUUUUUUGCUCUGAUGUGGUCUGCAAAUAUUGGCCAUAUUUGCAGAGAGUUGUGGACCACUGUCCAGAGUUGGGUGGCUUGCUGAACAUGCGCCCAUUUCUCUCCAUCAUGCAUGCAAAAGCGCAUUCAUGGAUGUGUGAGGUAAUAAUAACAAUUAGAUGUAUUUCUUACCAUUUGUACCACACAUUUUGAUUGUCUGUCCUCUGCCUCUACUUUUUGUUUUCCAAAUGAUAACAUUCAUGUAAAUGUGUUACAGUUAAAAUGGGGGGGACGCAAUCAAGAAGGAGCUGGAACAACGAUUGGGGAGGAGGUUGAACAGGUUAACAGCUUCCUCUCCCGAGCAGCCACAUGUUCCAAGUACAUGUCAAAAGCCGUUCGCACAGACAUGCUAACAAUCCAGGCAAGUGGCUGGAACAAGCGAAAGGCAGAAAACCUUGACCGGACACUGGCCAAAAGAUACAUCAAGACUGUACAAAGGAUUACAGAGGCAACACAGGACCUGGAGAAACUCACCACUGAGUUAUCUCUACAGCAAGACACAGUCCAUCAGUGGGUGUCUGAUGUUCAGCAGUGGACCUCAGGAGCAACAAUCCAAAAUGACCUGCAGAGGACCAUCGAGGGGCUAUAUUUGGGCAUCAAACAGCGAAAAUUUCAGCUCUAUCGUCAGUCUGGUGGGAAUAAGCGAAGGCAUCAACUGAGAAGAAAGAUUGCUGUUGAGAAGAAAGCCUUGGAAGUUGCCAUCAGUGAACACAAUGCUGCUGUCGGGGAAGUUGAAAAACUCCCUCCUCCCAAUGAACUCCUGGCUGUGGACAACUACUCCUGGCCAUGGGAAUGUCAUGGUGAUAUGGAGCAGAAAAAAAAAGUUUUUGACAAGGUAAUGCUGCUGGCUAGACUGAAAGAAGAAGAACUUAUUGUGGUUCGCGAAGUCAAGCAGCACAUGGAGUACAUGAGGAGUAUUGCUGGACUGAUUGAAGAGCUUACCUUUCAGCUCACUGAAGACACCAAUAGGAAAUGCAGUACAGAGGGAUUAAUGGAGAAAGGACGUGAGGGACUACUCUGUGUGCUGAAGAGAAGAUUGUGUGAGGUUGAAGCACAAAUGGCCACAGCACGCACAACAUACAAGAAUAUUCUUGGACUGCAAACAUUGUCCUUAGAUGACUUCUCUGAAGAGGAAGACUUUGAGAAUACUUCCUCAACUGAUGAGGAACUGUGACAGCAGUUAUAGUUAGCUGUAAUAACUUGUAUGUAAACCUGGGGCUAUUUCACUUCUGUUUUAAGAUUUCUUUGUGAUAGCG